UGCAUAAAGAAAAAGAAGAAGCAACUUCUCCUCUUUACUCUCUCUCUCUCCUCUCCUUGUCUUUUUUCUAGAUAUUCUCUCUGCAUUCUCCUAUUAAUUGGCGGAGAGAUGCUUCAUGAGUAAAUCCUUUCUUUAAAGCAGCUGUGUGUUUUUCUGUUAUUUGGCUGAAAAGCUCGCCCCUUCAAUAAAUAAACUCCCAAGACGGACUGUGAAAACCUGCGCUGCAAAAGGACUUCCUUUCUGUUUCAGCCAGCCUUUGUUUUCUCCUGCAGAAAACCGACUCUCUCUCCCACUCUCUCUCUCUGUUCAUCUUCCCUGCUUUAGUGCAUCAUGGAAUGCUUCUUGAUCAUGUGGCUGAGACUCAACCACCCCACCAGCUGACCCCACCUGGGAAUUCCAGUGGCAAAAAUUGUAUUGUUUUGUUUCUGGGUUUCUAUGCAAAGUUGUAUUGGGAGUAAAUUUUUCAAGUGAAGAUAAAAAAUUGAAGAUCUGGGUCUAGCUUUAAAGUCAGUUUUUUGUGAUUUGAUAUUGGUUUUGUUGAGUAUUCCUGUUGUGGGAUUUGGAUUGUGAGGAGUGAGGGGAUAUCAGAAGGAAUAAAAUUGUGGAAGCUGCAGAACCUUUUGAAAUUUCAAUGUCUUCAAACGCAGAGGUUAAUGGAGACAGUGAUACCACCAACAAAGGCAGUAUGUGGGUUCUGGAUCAGAAGCUUGACCAACCCAUGGACGAGGAGGCUGGCAGGCUGAGAACUAUGUACAGGGAAAAGAAGUUCUCCGCACUAUUGCUUACGCGGCUUGCAUUCCAAAGUCUUGGAGUGGUUUUUGGAGAUUUGGGUACUUCUCCCUUGUAUGUUUUCUACAAUACCUUUCCCCAUGGGAUUAAUGAUCCGGAGGAUGUGGUUGGAGCUCUUUCGUUGAUUAUAUACUCUCUUACCCUUGUACCGCUCCUCAAGUACGUAUUUGUUGUUUGUCGGGCAAAUGACAGUGGUCAAGGUGGAACAUUUGCUCUUUAUUCACUUCUCUGUCGGCAUGCAAAUGUUAAAAUUAUUCCUAACCAACACCGGACUGAUGAGGAGCUAACGACAUAUAGUCGUUCUACUUUCCAUGAACAAUCAUAUGCUGCAAAAACCAAGAAGUGGUUGGAGGGGCAUGCAUCAAGGAAGAAUGCCCUUCUUCUUCUGGUCCUCAUAGGCACUUGUAUGGUGAUUGGAGAUGGAAUUCUUACUCCAGUUAUAUCUGUUUUAUCAGCUGCUGGUGGGAUCAAAGUCAGAAGUCCUGGCAUGAACAGUGAUUAUGUCAUACUCGUUGCUGUUGUAAUAUUAGUAGGUCUGUUUAGCGUGCAGCAUUAUGGCACAGAUAAAGUUGGUUGGCUCUUUGCUCCCAUUGUGCUGCUUUGGUUUCUAUUAAUUGGAGGUAUUGGCAUUUUCAACAUCUGGAAACAUGACAGUACUGUUUUGAGAGCUUUUUCCCCCGUGUAUAUAUAUCGGUAUUUUAAAAGGAACGGGAGAAAUGGUUGGACUUCCCUUGGGGGUAUUAUGCUUAGUAUAACAGGGACAGAAGCACUCUUUGCCGACCUUGCCUAUUUUCCAGUUUCAGCUGUACAGAUUGCGUUUACUACAGUCGUGUUUCCUUGCCUUCUUUUGGCCUAUUGCGGACAGGCUGCCUUCCUUGUGAAAAAUCAUGCAGACAAAACUGUGCUUCAAGCAUUUUAUCUUUCUAUUCCAGAACAAAUAUACUGGCCAGUCUUCAUUGUUGCGACUCUUGCUGCCAUAGUUGCCAGUCAAGCGACAAUAUCAGCAACAUUUUCAAUAAUCAAGCAGGCUCUUGCACUUGGCUGUUUUCCUAGAGUCAAAGUUGUACAUACAUCAAAGAAGUUCCUCGGCCAAAUAUAUAUUCCAGAUAUUAAUUGGAUCCUUAUGAUUCUUUGCAUUGCUGUGACUGCUGGGUUCAAAAAUCAAAGCCAAAUUGGAAAUGCUUAUGGGACGGCAGUUGUAAUAGUCAUGCUGGCAACCACAUUGCUUAUGACUCUAAUCAUGAUAUUAGUGUGGCGCUGCCAUUGGAUUCUUGUCGUUACAUUCACCAGCUUGUCGCUGAUUGUGGAAUGCACUUACUUUUCUGCUGUACUCUGCAAGGUUGAUCAAGGUGGAUGGGUUCCUCUUGUGAUUGCAGCUGCUUUUCUUCUCAUCAUGUAUGUUUGGCAUUAUGGUACGUUGAAACGUUAUGAGUUUGAGAUGCACAGUAAAGUUUCAAUGGCAUGGCUUCUUGGGCUUGGCCCCAGUUUAGGACUGGUUCGAGUCCCUGGGAUAGGACUUGUGUACACCGAGCUUGCAAGCGGGGUGCCCCACAUCUUUUCCCACUUCAUCACCAACCUGCCUGCAAUCCACCAGGUUGUUGUCUUUGUCUGUGUUAAGUACCUCCCUGUAUACACCGUCCCAGAAGAAGAAAGAUUCCUCGUCAAGCGGAUUGGCCCCAAGAGUUUCCACAUGUUUCGUUGUGUUGCAAGAUACGGUUAUAAAGACCUACACAAGAAAGAUGAUGACUUUGAGAAGAAGCUCUUUGAAAACCUUUUCCUGUUUGUCCGGCUUGAGUCCAUGAUGGAAGGGUGUUCAGACUCAGAUGAGUACAGCAUCGGUGGCCAGCAAACUGAGAGAUCAAGGGACGGCCUCUUAACUAAUAAUGGCAACACAACCACUUCUACCGUAGACCUCAGUAUCUUAUCAGUGGACUCAAUUGUUCCGGCUAAAUCUCCACCGCACGCGAACAAUACCGUGAGUUCGUACGGGCAGAUGAGCAGCCAGAAUGAGAUUGAUGAGCUAGAGUUUCUGAAUAAUUGUCGAGAGUCCGGGGUGGUGCAUAUACUUGGGAACACGGUAGUGAGAGCAAGGAGGGAUUCCAGGUUCUACAAAAAAAUAGCCGUUGAUUACAUUUAUGCAUUUCUCAGGAAAAUUUGCAGGGAGAAUAGUGUGAUCUUCAACGUUCCCCAUGAGAGUCUAUUGAAUGUUGGACAGAUUUUCUAUGUGUAAUUUUUUGUCCGUCAUAAAAUAAUUACUUUAUAUCAUAUGUAAAUGCCAAUUGUAUUUUUUUUAAAUUCUGUAUUGUUGCAACUAUAGUUACAACAAUAAAGUCUUAGACCACUAAGUGGGUGGCUAUAUGUAUUCUAGCAUGCUAAUGCGCUUGGUUUUGCACCAAA